GUUCUUAUUACAUUAUGAUGUCAUACUGUGUAUAUAUAACUGAACAGACAACGGCAAAAUGUUAUCUAUUUGUUUUAUAUAAUAAAAAGUUAAAAACUCGAAUUGAAAACAGGUAUGUAGUUUAUUUUUUAUUCCCGCCAAACAUUUGGAAGAUUGAAAAAGUCGAACGGCGAAGAGACAUUGACUGAUCAAAUUACUUAUUAUUGCUCAAAUGUUGAUCAAUUCGAAGUACCGUUUCUGGCACAUUUCCAAGUGCUCUUAUCUCUAGCUUCGAUGCAGUCAGUCGUGAGCUAUAAUAAGCGAUGCUUUGCUCGUUGCUAUUGCCUGAAACAAACAUUUCAUUUAAAAACCAAGUUUAUGAAGUAAUUUCGUGCGUCUGCCCUCGGAUAGAUCGUGGCUCUCGGCUAAUGAAAUUGCUUGAAUUCUUAAGGUUGUUGUAUAUAUACAGGUUUGUAUACAGUGUAAUUCUCAAUAAAACUGGUAAAUCAUUAUUAUUGAUUUGGUUAUACAUCGUCUUGUUUCUAAAUUUUCCCAAGCAGGGAUCGAAUAAUUAAAUUUUCCCAAACAGGAAUCGAAGAAUAAUAUAAUUUUCAAGUUGUGUUUUGAUGUGCGAAGCGACUAUAAAUUAUAUGCAGAAAAAAGCUUGCAGAAAAAAGGGUGGUAGUUUUUGUGCCUAAUAUAGGUGUAUAUAUAAAUAGCUCUUAUUUACAUUGAUUUGGAAGAGUCUCUUGAUGUUGCUUUUGAAUAUGCCAUUUUGUACAAGUAAGACCGUGGUACCACGGUAUCCGGAGAAAUAAAUAAUGGUAGAAUUGCGUGUUAGACCAAACCCAGCCCGCUCUUACCCGGGUGUGAGCUUUCCAGACAGUGUGAAAAAGUGGCCAAUUUCGACUGUUUACUAUAUAAUUAUAAUUAUGUAUGCCAUGCGUAGUUUUUUUCGCACAUGUGCCAAUUUCUGUAAGAGUGGAUCUUGGCAUUAAAAGCAUACGUAGAAAGCCCAUAUAUAGCGAUUGCUUGUUCUAUUCCAAGUAUUCUUGUUCCUGGAAUUUGAAAACUCGUUAAUAUGUAACAAUUGAUGUUUGUUCCGGUUGUUUGGUUUUGGACUAUAUGGUAAGGUUCGCUUACCAAGUCUGUAUGGUGUCAUAAAAUGCCUAGAUUUUCCGAGUGUUGGCGAUGUGGAAAUACAGUUGGUGUUGGCAUUAUUUGCGAAUUGUGUGGUGUUGCUAAAUACUGCAGUGAAAGAUGUCAAAGAAAUGACAUAUUUCGACACGAGGCCGAGUGCAUUUCUGCGUCGAUUCUCAAGACAUGCACGACGUGUAGAAAAAGUGGCCCAAAUCUAAAAGCUUGCACUGGAUGUUAUCGAGCUUUCUAUUGUGACACGAACUGCCAGAGAAGCAACUGGGAAAGGCACAAGAUUGAUUGCGAAGAUGUUAAGGAAGUAAUAAAAAUACUCGCGCAACGUAUUUUGACGCAUUUCUCGAGUUCGGGCCAAACAGUUUCUUCUUCUGGCUAUUUCUAUUGGGGCAACGUACCGGCAUUAGAUUGCUUGAAUUUGGUCGAAAACGAAGGCGACGAUUAUAGUUCAGGAUUAAAGGUUUUAUAUUUUGGUGUUGGUGAUUUACGAAACGUAGCGCUAACGUGCGCCUCGUUGCCUGAUUCAUACAGCAACAAGGUCUUGUUUACACUAAAUGAUAAAGAGAGCUGUGUGUUGGCCAGACUGGUAUUACUGCUGUACAUGUUGAUAAAAGGUAUGAAUUUAUACAUGUUAUACAUUAACAUUAUACAUGUUAGUCACUAUAUGCACUCUGAUUUGCUAGUGGCUUCAGGUAAAUAUAGCAAUCAUGCAACCUGCAAUUGGCUCAUUUAUCUGUAUAGGUUGGGCGUGCGGCGCUUAAUUUUAUAGCAAACGGUAAUAGCUUUACACAUAUGAAUAAAAAAACGACAUGAAUGACCAAUUUAUUUUUCAAAUUUUUUUGCAGAAAAGUACUGUAAUUGUUGUUCUAGCCUGCUCUCAUGCAGCUCGAAAUUUAGAAAGCGGAAAUUUUAAAAGGCUGCGAGCAGGCUAUGGUUGUUCAAAUACUUUAUCGAACCCUAAUAAAUGAGCUUGGGAAUAUUUUGUUGAGGUUCUUAUAAUUUCUUGAAUGAGUAUUUAGGAACUAAACGAUGUUUUGUAGGACAGGAUUUAAAUAGUUGUAAAACAAUUAUUACUAAAAUCACUAAACUGGCCACAUCCCGCUAAGAUUUUCAAACGGGGAAAGACGUUUGAUAAACGGGAAAAGACGUUUGAUAAUUCCAAAUUCAAUUUUCGUUCAAUCAUGUGAUCAAAUUGUUUCAUCAUUUUGGUCACAUGACUUCACGAUUUUGUUAUCAAUUUAUUUUUGUACAUGGGUUUCUAAUUUUAUUAUGCAAUCAGGUGCGUAGUUUUGAAUUAAACGUCAGAAAUUCGUUACUCAACAGUCAAGUUAUUCAAACGUAAACAAGGUCACAAACAUCCAAACGAAGGUCAAUGCAACAUAAUAUAUGAAAUAUUCGUUUUAUGUUCAUUUUAAAGUUCCAUAAUCGUAAUGAACAAUCUAUCUAGUAUCUAUCUUAUAAUAUGAUCUCCCUUUUAGCGAAAAUAUGAUCUCCAUCUUGUAAUAUACUGAGUUGUUUCGAAGUUGACUAGGAAUAAUUAUUAUAAAUAGCACUGUCAAAUCGUGAAGUCAUGUGACCAAAAUGAUGAAACAAUUUGAUCACAUGAUUGAACGAAAAUUGAAUUUGGAAUUAUCAAACGUCUUUCCCCGUUUAUCAAACGUCUUUCCCCGUUUGAAAUUCUUAGCGGGAUGUGGCCAGUUUAGUGAUUUUAGUAAUAUUGUCAUAUUAAAUUCGAUCUCGGAAGUGUCUCGAAAAGUGUCAUUGGCUUCGCCUGAUGAGUCAUGACACUUACCUUGGCCUUGAUAAUUCAAGGUCAUAUAUGUGUAUCGUAUAUUGCAAAAACCUCAUCCAACCAAGGGAGCACAGCGGCACAGCGGUACGCUUUGUGAUGAAUUUUUAAAGAUAGUAUCUGACAUUAACUUUCAUUUCGUACCCGUAAAAACUGUGAACACUUCAUAUUUGUCUUCUUCAGUUCUUCUUUAACUUACAAUAAUAUAAUUUGUAACGUUUAUUGAAAUUUUAUGUUCGAUGUGUUGGAAAACAUAAUAGAUUGAGGUAAUUAAAAGUGGGUUAAAACAGUCAAAUGGUGUUAAAACUAUGGUUAGCGUUAGGUUAGGAUCAGGGUUAUGAUUAACUUUUAUAAUCACACAUACCUUAUAAUUUGCUCAAACUAUUUUGUGGGUCUUACAUGAAUACUUACCUGAAUGUAGCCUGCAAAGCAGACGUCGCGCCUCAAAUGUUUUGAUAUUCAAAUAACACUUCGAACGCAAAAUUUAAAUGACAACGUGCCUGAUGAAAUUAUAUUUUGGGUUUUAAAAGAACUAAAGACGAGAAAGAUUAACUAUUCACAGUUUUUACAGGUACGAAUUGAAAGCGUACUUGAUCCAACAAUUGUUUAUUAUUGGUGUCCAGCAAUCUGGGAAUAGCAAAAUACUAUUAAAGCGUUCUAUUAUAGAUUAAAGAGCUUCAGGUUUAUUUACAGAAUUGCUAGCUAUUUUUUAGCGGAAACAAUUUUUUUUGAAAAUCCGUAGUGUAUGUAUGAGUCAAAUCGAGCAAUUGUGAGCACGUCCCGGUGGUUGGUAUAAUAUCCGAAACCGCCAUCUUCGUAAGAACCCUUCAACGGUCAUUUAUAAGCAAGCCAUUUGAGAAAAUUGGAUUUGGAGAACUUAAGACCACUGAUAACCUGGUAAUUGCGGCCAGCGUGGGAGCUGGGAUCAUCCUCUCAGGUAUGGGAGAUUUUGACCAGAUUUUGUGUUCAAUCCCUUGUCCGCUGGAUUGUGUGUCAGCCUCCCCUUCUAGGCUCAUUCUUCUAUAUGGAACACGUGAACAUAUUUAGCAUAUCGCAUGGAAAUUCAAAAUUUCAUUUGAAGAAAUAUUGAAGCUGUAAUUCAAGCGUUGGGGUUCAGCCUUGUCAUGUUUAGUAGUAAAAGAAAGUGGAAAUUGUUUGUUUUAAUCGCUAUCCUUUUGCUCUCACCUAUUAUUCAAGUAGCAAGAACCUAUACGUAAUUUUACUUUUGUAACUUUACUUUAACACAAAUGUUGUUACGAGGGUUUCAUUAUGCCUUAAUUAAUGCACUCCUCGUGUUUUGAUCUUAAUGUAAACCAUUCCUGUGCAAUACUUUUUCAUAAAAACUAUUUCCGAAUACAAUGUUUUUUUCAACCUGAUCGAAAUUACGUCAUGUAUAGUAAUCUAACCGUUAUUGAUCAGUAUUCUAAUAUCAUAUUUUAUCUGCAGGUGAUUUUGGAGUAGAAAGCAAGGUCACGGAAAUAUGGUACUCGAUAUUACUGACUGAACCUACGUAUAAAUAUCUGAGAACGACCAUUGAAGAGCUUGUCAAUUUCCGCAAUGCCGAAAUUCUAAAAACUACAACAGCUGGUUUGAUCAGCAUUGAAGAAAAGCAAUUUAGAAAGUUACGAGAUGUGUGGGAGAAUUGGUUACAUUUGUUCGUGGAAGGAACAGACUGGAUUCAAAAGCAACGAAUCGAAAAAUUCCAAAACUAUCCCAUCUAUCACGAAAUGAUUCUUCAUUGUCUCGAACAUGAGCACGUUGCUUCAGCAAUGAAGUGGAUAAAAGAUGGCAUCUUUCGACGAACCCAGUCACCUGCAAUCAUCGAGAACCCGACCUUGACUGGUUACGAAAUGAAUAACGGAGGUAGUCCUUACUCUUAUUGUAUUCAAGCUACCGUUUUUCCUUUCUGUGGCUGGGAUUACCUGCGAGUGAAGAAAUUCAAAAAUUCCAAUUGCCUCGUCUGUAUGUUUGGUGAAUAUAUCGAAUCCGUGUUACGAAGCUUCAUGAAGAAAUUAUCAAAACGACAAAUUCGUUUCCAGAUAGUACUCUCUGAUUGUAUGGACAUCAAACAACAUCUCGAAGUUGAAGUAGUGUAUGACCGAAUUUUGACAUCAAACCUGAUGGACUACAUAUUUCUAGUUGACCUGUUAAAGCUGUGUUCCGAAUUAUUGAACCAAGAGAAUACUCGUGCUACCAUUGUUACCCAAACCAUGACUUGGGACCGAAUUUAUUGGCCGGGGAAGGGAUUGCGUCCCAAUUAUCUGCCGAAAGCAUUCGGCAAAUGGAUGAAAAUUGCUUUAGAAGAUAUAAAGCGAUCUUCGAGUAAUGUCACUGAUAGUGCAUGUCUCAAUAGUCUGGAAUAUGUGGACGAGUCUUGUGAGUUUGACGAUUAUCUUCGAUCGCAAUUUUACGCUGAUGGCUUAAGGCAAGAAAUUGAAAAUGAGCCGAAGGGGCAGAAUAUUAUAACAUUCCUACCAAGAAAGAUUUAGGAAAGUCGCUCCAAUUGCGUCUCCGGGAAAGUGUUAGAAAUGAAAACACCAUAGUUUUCUUCAAGCCAGCCGUAAACCGUCGAAGGGCAAACUCGAUAAAACCCUCAAUACGCAACUUGGAAUGGAUAUACUUAAAAGAAAAAUAAACAUGGUUUUCCAAUUAUGUUGAGAAUGAUCUUUUCAAAGAACGUUGGAAUUGAAACAACGACGCUUAAUUAAUUUUGUUUAUCUGGGAAGGCUAUAUUAUAAUUGGAUUGGUGACAAUCAUGUGACAUGAGCCAAACAUUCAACUAUUUGUAAAACGUACUUAAUGGUGUGUUACGUAUGUGUGCACCAAUAUAAAAGUGCAAAGACUUCGUACAAUGUCAGCAAACCCUGAUUAUAUUAAUUACAAUUAGGCGUAUAAAUGCUGAUAAGAAAAGCUUUCGAAGUACGAAUAAAUGAAAGCGAUAAAAAAUUCGUUUUAAUUGUACAACGAUGCCAUUUUACGUAAUUUUUGAAUUCAUUAAAGUUCGUUACCUGCUCGCGAGUGGUAAUUAUAUUACGAGUCCAUGGCCUUUCAAAAUAAUUUCUUCAACAAUGAAUUACGCAAGGCACGCCCAAGAGUAAGAUGGCAUCGCAUCGUCGUUUAAUUAAUUCAAACUAAUUUUUAUCUCUUUAAAAGGUGUAAAUAAUUUUAGUUAAUACGUAAUUAUAAUAAUAAUAUAAUAAUAAUAAUAAAAGUCUUUAUUUCGCUACUCAAAUCAAACGUCUGAGUUUACAUAUUAAGAAUAAAAAAAUUGAUUCUUACUGUUAUUUACAUCAAUUUUUAGUACUUUAAAAUUCUAAGGUAUAAGAAUAUAGAUAUAUAGUUUAUAUAAAAUUGAAAAGACAUCUAUUUAUAAACGCGUUUUUGAACCUCUCAGUUUUAACAAUUGGUAGUUCAAAGUCAUGACCUCUCCGUCGUAAAGAUGGAUUUAACUUACUAGGUAAAAGAUUGCGUAAGGCAUUCUUAUCAUCAUUUAUAAUUCUUGACCAUAAUUUCUUGUCUCUGUUCGAUAUUGUUGCUUUAAAAUCUGAUCUGUUGCUUGUAUAACCAUUUUCUAUAGGCACGAUUGACAAACUUAUUUAGAUCAUGCACAGAACACGUUAUUGAUAAGUCCAGUGGAUAUGCUAACGCAAAUAACUCCAGUGAAAUUGUUAAUUUUACCCAUAAAAUUCACUAAUAUAAUAUUAAAGUAUAGCUUUUAGAUAUGCAGCCCUAUGGAUGUUAGUGUCAACACUUAGUAUGGCUUAUCAUUUAGAAUGUCCUUUUAUACAUUGCGAUACAAAAGAAAUUUGAGUAAUUAUUUUCUUUCCUCGGCAUAACAUACUCGGAUUUAGUGCCGCCUUUCUUAUUGGUUUUCGCUGCAUGUGCUGUUUCACAAAGCGAAACAAGAGAAAUCUACUGUUAAAACAACCAAUUCAUCCAACAUCAACGUGCUGCCCAAGAAAACGUUUUCAUCAGUUUGUGUUUCAAAUACUAUACCUUCAACCCAAAUGCUUGACAAUUAGCCUCUCUAAUUACGCCAUGCGACCAAUCGUUUUCCGUUAUUUUGAGCAGCAAACUGCACAACAGGAAAUAGACGGCAACAAGCACAGAAGUGAAUUAUUCCAUUAGAAACACAGUCCUAUAUUUACAUCACUAAAGCCACUUGCCAUCCUUUAUUUCUGCGUGGUUUGCCGGCAAAAGUAGUGUGCAAGGCCUGGUCGCAUGGUAUGGCAUCACUUUCUUAACGAAAUGACUAUGGUGAAAUUUAUAAUUCAAAUACUGAUGCGUAUCAUAAGGUUCGUGAUACACAUAUCCGUACUUAAUAGUACACCCUCUGAUCAUAACUUUACGCCAACAACUGUUACUUCGUUAUCGGAGAUCUUCCAUGAACACCUUGUAUAUUUUCUCAUGCUAAUCGGUUUAAUCCCCCAUUGGCUUGAGAAGUCGUAAAGCUUUUGCCUGUCUGGAAGCCAAAUAUAAAUUGAAGUGCACCAUCAAAGAAUCACCCAAAAAAUGAUGACACAUUACGCAUUUCUUAUAACCUUAUUAUUGGUAUUAGUGUUAUAACACUAGCUUAUCUAACGUGGUAUUUCUUUUAGAUUGGUAAAACUGCGUAAUGAAUACCUGGAACAGACUGGCAGGACACAACGAGUAAAAUAUCUUCGAAAUCUUAUUCAUGGCCAAGUAAGUGUCUAUCAUAUAGAAUUCAGAUAUGCUGCAGCAAGAAAAAGUGCAGGAACCAAUUAUUUAGUUAGUUAUAUACGUUAAUUUGAAGGCAAAAUUUUUACUUUCUAUAUUAUAUGACUCAUAAUUAUACGUUUAGUUUAACUUUAAUUUGUUGGUUAGAAGUUCUACUGUUUUUUCCACUUUGUAAUUCAGACACUUAGGCAAAUUAUACAGAUAUACAUACACAAAGUAUACUGAACAGAGAUUACUCACGAGACUGGUUGAGGCAUCUAAAGCCAAGUUACACGAGUUAAUUUUUGCUGCAAAUUGCAACGCAAUUUCUGACAUAGAGUCAAGUCAUCCCCUCGCCCCCUGCAGGCGGCGAAGCAGCCUCCAUCGAGGCCGCAGGCGAGGGUGGCAAUAUCCGAUGGGGCAUUAAUUAGUACCAUGCACGCGAUUACGUCAUUGUAUGAGCGAAUUCAGAAUUACGAUUCGGUAGGUAUAGGACCGGUGUUGUUCGAUCCAUGCGUAUCUGUCAACAAAAUAAAAUGUCGUAUUUAAAGCAUAAAAGUGUGAAAUACAGUAAUUUGGCAAAAAACUCAGAGAAGAGAAAACCAUGAUUGGUAUAAAUGCACUCGCUAACUCAUUUAAAAUACGCCACUCGCUAACUCAUUUAAAAAUUUGCAAAAAUAAAAAUAUGAACGUCGGGUAUGUUAAUCCGUUGUUAACUGUUAAUCUCAUGGUGGAUAAAUAGUUACCCAAUUGCAUAAUAUUGUUGUUUAGGUGACACAUAGUGUUGAAGGUGAGAGUGAAUCAAGUGAUGAUGAGGCUGUUGGAUCGUACAUACCAGCUGGAUUAGCAGCCAUGUUGUCUGGAGUAGCAAGAGCGACCAUGAAGCAGACUAUUCCAGGUUAAGCUAUAAAUAAUAAAUCUAUUUUUCUGGCACAUGAUUUUUGCUUCCUAUAUAUACGUUUGAGAAGGGUAUCACACACAUUCUUAUGAAUCAAUUUUCCAAAAUAUUAACAGGUCGAAUUCAGACAGUUUAGGAUAUCAAAAUUUUACGUUUAGCUAGCUCCAUUUCAUGGUUUUAACUACUUUAUAACCCCAUAUAACAUGUAACUAUGAAUUUAAGAACUGCAUGCAUGUCGAUUACUAAAUGGGGCCAAAUUGGAUUUUAAAUGACAUCGUACAAGAGAAAAAUUAUUUAAUACAUUUUUUCUUGUAGGUGUGACCGUACGAAGUCGAGCAGAUUAUAAAAAUUUGAAAGUGGCUGUUUCAUUGGAGUCUAUGACUGAUGUAAGUGUUUUAUUAAGUACAGUGUUGUUCAAACUCUCAUUAGUAUUCAUUUUCAUUAGGCAAUUUUGUUAUCUAACAAUAUAUGCCUUUUUGAUCACGUGCAGGCGUUUUAUACUUCGUAAAAUAUUCGCCUUGCUGAAUUAAAAGCUCGGUAGGCUAUACCAUGCAUGCGAAAUGGGCCUAUUCGUUUACACAAUUAAACAUUGCCAAACUUGCAAUUGAAUUAAGUUAGGGUGAGGAAGUUGAGAAUUUACAAAAAAUGUAAUGAUACAGUAUAUCAAUUCCUGGUAUUGCAGCUAAUGUCGAUGUGCUGCUAUUAGAAUUAGCAACGCAGUUGAAUUGUUUUCAGUGCUCGCAGUUAUUCGUAGCAAGUAUAUUUUCGUUACUUUUUUAUAUUAUUAAAAAAGACCGCCGUAUAAUUCCUAUUGAAUUAAAAAUUAAAAUAAUUUAUACUAUAUGAAUGGAUGUGAGAGUUUUAAGGAUCGUUUACACUUGCGAUUUUUGCUUCGAUAAUUUAAGUGCGAUUUUCUUCUGAUGAUGGAUGUGAACGAGUUGUUGAGUUAUGAAUGUUCAGAUGCAACCUCGUUCCCAGGUUCAGAUGAGGGUACAUGUACUCCGAAAAUUCGUAACUCAACUACUCGUUCACAUGAAUCAGGAGGGGAAAAUCGCACUUGAAAUCGCAGCAAAAAUUGCAAGUGUAAACGGGCCCUUAGAGAGAAAAUUAAGUAUUUUUAUCUUUGCUAUUGCUUCGCUGUAUGCUUGUAAAAGUUUACACCAAUGCUGUAUAUUAAUACUUAGGUGUGGUAUUAUACUUGGUUUUACCGAGAAACUCAAUGAUAAUUUUAGAGGUGACCUAAAAGUACUUUCAGAUAUAUAAAAUGAAAUGAAUUUUUGCUUUUCUAUCAACACUCUUUACUGCAAAGUAGAUAACAACUUGUGCAUGUGCUCGAAUACCCCUGGAUACCGCAUUACCGCGUAAUAGACUGAGGGCAGUAUUUAAUUUUUUUCAAUCGCAUGUUUGUUAUUUUUUAUUUUUGAAAGUUUGGUAGAAUGCAAUACAUAUAUGAAGAUUCCAAAUCAGCCAUUCCCAGAUGCAUAGAAUGCAUCAAAUUGUGCUGUGUAUUUUAUACAAUUUGACAUAUUUUCCACAAACGAGUCGAAGGAUAUUCGUAUUACAUUUACCCUGACCAAACGCGUUAAACGUGAUUAUAAAGCUUCAAGUACACUGACAUUUCUAUCAUUUGUCAUUACUGUUAUUUAUAUCAUUAAACCUCCUCAGCUUGGUAUGAAAAUUCAUGUCCAUUUCAAUGUUCAUUUCCAUAUUUGAGAGAUGUACUAUUUUCGUUUCUUUCUCAUGCAUGCAUGCAUGCUAUAACGAAUGUAUUGUUUCGUACCCGAAUAUCAUUAAACUGGUAACAAACCAUCUCUCAAAAGGGUAAACAAAAAUUGAAAUGGGACGAGCUGAGGAGGUCUACUCCAAGCUCACUUCUUCUACUUCACAUUUACCUGCAUGACAUGUACUGUAUACAUGUAUGCACCAGUAAAUGUUAUAAUUAACAAAUAUGAAACAUUUCCGCGUGUUGAUAUAUUACAUUUAUAUCAACACGAGUGGAAACUGGGAAAACGAGAAAUUGUGUGGAAACACGACGCCCAGAGGGCGGAGUGUUUUCACACAAAUUCGAGUUUUCCCAUUUUCCACGAGUGUUGAUAUAACUAUCAAUACGGAAAAAAUGUUUUAUAUUUUUUAUAAUAUAUAGCACGAAUAAAUGUAAAGAAAGUGAAAUUUUCCGUGUUGACAUUGAGUUAUAUCAACACGGCUCUUAGCCAAUCAGCGUUCAGCCGGAAUUUGCAAAUGCUAUAUUAUAAGAAUUAAUAUUAUAAAAGAUUCUAGAAUUAUACCUCUGAUUUCAAUAUUUCUGACAUUUUUUAUAGGACAAUGCGUCCACAGCAGCAAGUAAUACGGAUAUGAAUGGUACAUAAAGUGAUUAUGAUUAUUAUACGAAGAAACUGUUUAAUAUAACCUGCGUAUAAGUAUGAGUGAAAAACGCUUCGGGUAUAGGUGGAAUCCGCUGCAUAUAACCAGUACCUGUGCUGUAAAUAAGAUCUCUAAAACAAUUAUUAUUAUGCCUAUAUACCAUCAUGUAAAGGCCAAUAUGUUUAGCGUGAGCAUGUUGCAUUAAGUAACUUGCUGUUUUCCACUCAUUAACAAUUGUUUUUUGUUUAGCAGGAGUGGAGCUGCCCAGUACAUCAUUUGCUAAACACUUGGAAUUACAAGGAGGUUUAUCACUACGUCAAGAACAGGUCUGGGUUUUAUAGCUGAAACAGAAUCAGUCCCUUAUAGCCUAUUUUAAAACGUUUGCACAAAAGUCAUUAGGACGUACUUGAAAAUACAUUAGGACGUACUUGAAAUAAUCCAUGUAUAUAUAUUAAUAUAUAUGUACACACUUCAGAUAUUGCAAACUACUUGUCCUUAUAAAUAUUACUAUAAAAACUAAAUUGUUCAUUAAAAAUUAAUUGAAAAAUUGUACGUAUAGUCCAAUAAAUAGUUAAAAAGUGAAGAAUAUUUUCUAGGCUAUAACAGUUAUUUUUUACAAAAAUUCAAGCGGCAUACACAUUCAGGCGAAAAUCAUCGAGAUAGGUCUUCAUCUUCUCGCUUCUUAAAAGGCAGACAGAUUUAUUGAUCUCAAAAUUUUGAACGACAACUGGGUUCACAACCAGGCGAUAGCCAUAUAGUGCGGGUCUCCAUUCUCUCGAGCUAAAAGUUUAGCCAGAGUUUUUAAGAACAUGUACAUUCAGCUCCGAUUCCGCCAUUGGUUACGAAUACAAUUCCCCCGUUCCAUGCUCUACGUCCAGCACUCUUCGUAUUAUACUGCCUCUUCUCGUUUUCUUGCUCCUUGAAUAUCGUCGAUGUUGGUUUAUUCUGAUGACUCACAGAGUUAACAUGCGUUACUCGAGCAUCGAAAAUGCCGUAACUCCACGAGACCAGAAUCCUCCAGCUUUAAUGUCCAAUCUUAAUUGCUUCAGGACUUGUAUUAUCUCAAAUCAAAUUUUUCGUUGUCAAGCGCUUGUAGGCGUGGCUGAACUGCUACAAUUUUGCAAACUUUGCUCAAUAAGGUAGUUACAUAGCAAGUCUCCAAUCUCAUCAUGCCUUUGUGCAACAAAGCCAGCCCUUUUACAUGACAUUGCGUGGUUAAUAAAGAAGACCACUCCACAUUAGCGAUUAUUUAGUAGACCAGACAAUGGCAGGUUAUAGCACAUUCGUAAAGAGUCCCUAAACUCCUGUUUAUUUAGUCCCAGGCUCUUCACCAUAAGGUGGAGUGCAAUUGAGUCACCAAGGAUAGUAGGUUUGGGGAUAGUGUGUUGUCAAUUCCUUCCAUCUUCGACUUUAAUUCUGUUGUUUUUAAAGACCCAUGAUGUUUCUAAAGUCAUCUAUUGAUGGCUCGCAGCUUUUCAACUUCUUAUUCUGUGAUGGAAUCGACUCUACGUGUGAUUUCGUUAUUGAAACAGACGCAGCAUACUGCAAUGGUAAUUCGUCUUUUAAUGAAGAUAUAUCCAAGCCUCCCAGAGCUGGUGAUAAAGUAAUGCAUGUCAUGUGCUAGUUUUCUGUGAAAUAUUAAAGCCCUACUGUUCCAGUAGCUGGCGAAAAGUUUCGCCCAUGUCAUUUUUUGACGUUUUAAUUGUUGAGUAUACUGCUGGCCAACUGGUGAAUGGAUCUAACCAUUACUACUCUCAACUUUUAAAUACAUAUUACUGAACAAUGUUUUUCCUUAUUUUCUACUGCUUUCGACUGAACAAAAAGCAAAUAUUUAAAAUCAAACUAACGAAAUAACCAUUUACUGCGACGUUCUUCCUAUCUGUCUGCGAAAUGCCAUUUUUAAAACCUUUUCACGUUGCUACAAAGCAAUCAAGCCCUUUAUGUUUCGUGGGGAAUUUUGAAAUUUUGCAAGUGUAGACAAAGCAAACAUUUGUUGGUAUUACCAUAAUUUGUUGAUUUAUUUUCUUCACUUAGAUUGUAGACAAAAUUCCAAAGGUGAGAAUCACUACACCAUCUCCAGAAAGUAGUGAAGAGGAACAGGACAUUUCGCAAGAACCUGUGCCUAAAGGAAGCAAAGCUAUGAUGCGACGUUUGCGUGAUAAAUUCAAGGAAAUGGUAGGUGUUAUAUAUGAUUUAAUACAGUGGGUACACUGCAUAUUAUACAUGGCAAUAUCCUAACAUAGCAGUAUACUCUAACAGGCCAUAACCUAAUAUGGUUAGAGCUCGACAAAUGGACUCUGUAGCUCAGUUUGGUCGGAGGUUUGUACCGGAAUCGCAGGGACAUAUAGUUGCAUUUUUCGCAGCUGUUCCUGGUUAGGUCUUAAAUGUAUAUAAAUUUACACUCGGUAAUUUCCAUCUACAAAUCCUCCAACUAUUGUUCAAUCGAGUAAGAUGCCAACAAAAUCUGGAAACUGAGAACAUACCAUAAUUUCAAAAAAACUCUUUUUGAAAGCUAUAUUUCAACCGAAAUUGUACAGUUUUUUGUAAUUUGUUUAAUUGAUGUCAAAUGGCUUGCAAAAACUUAUGGUUUCCGAAUGUCCCAUUCUGCGACAGAGUGACCACAACAGCAGUUUAACUGGUUAUAAAGUAGGGUUCGCAUCGCGGCCUUGCUAUCAAAACUGAAUUAAAAUGACCUUGUAUUUGAUCCGCUUUCGCUUCAUCUGAUAAAACAUAUUCAACUAGUUCAAAAUGCUGCCGCAAGUUGCAGGACGUUAUGCAACAAUAGCAGAUACCAUCAAGCUAGGUUGGUUUCCAGUUGUAGGGAAUGGCAUAUCCUAAAAAUAAACUACAAGGCAUUACAUGACUCGUCUUGGCCAUCAUACGUGAGUUUAGAAGUAACCAAACAUGUAAGAAAUUUAAGAUCUAGUGACUCCACUAAAUUAACAAUUCCUCGAAUUAAAGGAAGGUUUCAGGACGCAUCCUCCAAACUAUAUAAUACAUUGCCCAACGAAAUAAAAAACUGUGAAAUUUUCGUUAGUUUUAGCAAACAUAGAUAAAGAUCGACAGUAACACUUUCACAUUUGUUUUAACAUUUGUACUGUAUUACUAGAAAAUACAUGCAUGCAGAAACCCCUCGCCUUGCUGACAAAACCAUUGUAUUUUCCGAACAUGAAGUAUUUAAAGUAGUUGUCAUGGUAACACGAUAAUUUUGUUAAGAAUAUUUUUACAAAUGAAAAAUCCCCUAAAAAUAUCACUUUUUAUUACAAAAGUUUUAAUUCCACAAACAUAUAUAUGUUAAUUAAGUAUGUUAUUAUACGUAAUAUAAGUUUCAAUUUAAGGUAAAAUUCAACCUCAAACGCUUCACAAGACGUUUUAAAAUGUUCUUUAUAAAAUAGGCCGCCGGCUAUGGUCCGAUAUCGUUUAGUUUCGCUGGACACAUUUGGGGAAUACAUAUUUUUUACGUCAAAGUGCUGUUUUGCACCGCACAAACAAAAUUCUAAAAAGUGGCCCCGUGCUAACCAACCAGUUUCCUUAAAAAUCAGCGAUGCAAAAUCGUAUUUUAUCGCUCUCAGUUGUCCGCCAUUUUGUUUACUUGUCUUUGAUCGCAAUUCAUAACAUUCAGCAAAAUCCACUUUUUGCAGCCAAAGCUUCCGGUUUGGCAUAUCUUGGCCAAUGUUAAUUUAUAGGGCAAUACAAUAUGGCUGCCAUAACAAGCAAAGAAUGUGCUGUGCACUUCGUUGGGAGCAAAGAUGAACAAUUAAAAAGCUUUAGCAAUAAAACAUUUGAAAAGCUUAUUACCUUAAGAAAAAGAUGGAUAAAUUUGAGUAAUAAUGUUGGCGACGUGUGUCAAAACUCGUACCAAAUAAUAUCCGAAAAUUAUGAAAAUCAGUUAUCAGUUUACUCAAAUCUCGAAUGAAGGCGAGAAAGAAAGUUUUGCCAAUGGCUAUGUAAUAUUACCAUAUGGAAUGUUAUCGUAAAGUGGCGAAUAUAUCAAAGUUGGAGAAUACUGAAAGGAAUCCCAAGAACGAAAUACAACCAGCAUCAGAGAGCGAUAUGGAAAGUGAAGUUUAGUUAGUGAACUGUGAACCAGCUGCCAAAUAGGCAAAUACAUUCGUGUAUCCCAAAGGUGUCCCGUGUCCUAGUCAGGAAAAACAGGAUGAUUUGUUACAAGGCACAGUUAUUGGUAGUUCCAGAUGCAGGAGAAACAUUUUACCUGCCAAAUCCAUAAUAUGCAAAAAGUCAACAGCAUGGGGAAAAUGUGAAGUAAGUGUUUAAAUAUUGAUGUUUAUUUCGUUUUUUAUGUUCAAUAUUUCUCGCUGUUUAUGUUCACAGUUGUAAUGUACUGCUGUAUAAUAUGUGUAUGCUGUGAGCCUAGAGGCAAAAGUUUCCAUCAGGUAACUAAUCCACUAAUGCUUAUCAGCUUAUAUCAGAUUAUUAAAUCCUACUUUCAGACAACACUAAAAACAACAUUACUGCCACUGCGAAAGGCCGAAACAGCUACUGCUGGGAGAUUCAGAGAAGCAGCUCUUAGAAGAAAUUAUGAACACUUGUUGGUUCAUAUUAGAGACUUGGACUGUUCGGUAAUUGAGGUCAGAUAUCAAGAUAAAUGUUUCAAGGCAUACACCAACCCUGUAUUUUAUAACAGUAAGACAGAUGGUUGA